CAGAGAGAAUGCGCCAGCAGUAAGGAGGGGACGAAGCCUUGUCUGCUACGGCUUCUCCCCGUAGCUGGAGCAUCCCUAGUGGAAACCUCCAACGUACUAAACACGUACACCUCGGGAAUUCCCGGGCCUUUGUAAAGCACUGUGAAGCGGUGUCAGCAACCACUGUUAUUCUUACACAGAUCAUCUAUUCAUUGCCUUUGAGCAUAUGUGAUACAAUGGGCUUACGUUGCAUGGAAGCACACAGUUUUGGCAUGGUUGUUUUAUCUUCAGUUAAUUUGCACUACAUUGCCUAUCUAAUUUCUUAGCAAAGUGUGCCUGUGGUCAGGGCAUGUGAGACCAGGUUUACAGAAACUUCAAUGAAAUUCAAUCCUACAAUGUAAAUACUCGUGUUACCAGGUCCAGGUCUGUAGUAUUAUUCUCACAUUAAUACAGAAACUUGAUAUAAAAUACACAGUGGCAGAGGAGGUGUGUCAAGAACAACAACAAAAAACUCUCAUUUAGAAAGCAUUACGAUUUUAACUGAAAAAGUUAUGUUUUUGUAGUAUCCCGUUUUUCUGAUACACAGGUACACCUCUUGAUACAAAUGGCACUACAUGACCCUUUGCAUUCUUGGAUCCCAUUUCUUAGGGUUAUUUGUGCUUACAGACUCCUCAGUUUCCAUUGCCUUAUGAGUAACUGUUCCUGAUUGAGACGCAAGUUUCACUUUCUGUUCCCUGUUCAUUACCCUCGGGUGACGUGACAGCUGGCCCACAUAAAAGAGAAGUCCUAAGAACAUCGCUGCUACUUUGGGUUUGAAGCUAUCUGAAGACAAAUUAAUAGAGAAGCAAAACCAUGAGCACAGUUUCCAAGACUUCCCUGAAGAGUUCCCUGCUGCAGCUAGAAUGUUAUUUUACAUGGACUUUGCUGAAGCAAGAUGUGGAUCUCAAUGACCUAGAAGAGAGAAUAAACCAUCAGAUUGAGUUUUUAACAAAAUCCAAGGUCAGAAGUUAUAAUCUCCUAUCCUAUGUAUGCCACCUAAAUAAUUCAAAUGAGGAAGCCCUGAGAAAUCUCCAAAAAGCUGAAGAAGAAGUUAAAAGAAAUCACCCAGAUGAAAUUGCCAGAAGAAGUCUUCUUACCUGGGGGAACUGCGCCUGGAUCUGUUACUACAUGGGAAGAUAUGAAGAAGCUCAGAAAUAUGCAAGCAAAGUGGAAAACAGCCGCAAAAAGUUUUCAAGUACUCCUCAAUGGAAAGAUCAGCUUCCUGAGAUCUACGCUGAGGAAGGAUGGGCAUUAUUAAAAUUCGGGAAGAAAUACUAUGAGAGAGCAAAGACUUGCUUUGAAAAUGCUCUGCGGAAUGAACCAGACAACCCAGAAUUUAAUACUGGCUAUGCAAUAACGAUGUAUCGUUUGGAGAAUCCUUCUCUGAAACAAAGCGUGUCCAUAAACCUCCUGAAGCGCGCCGUAGAACUGGAUCCAGAGAAUACUUCCCUUCUGGUAUUAUUUGCAUUAAAACUUCAGGACUUAAAGCAAAUUGAUGAAGGGGAAAGACACAUUGAAGAAGCAAUGAAGAAAACUCCUGAUCUUCCUCAUGUCCUGCAAUAUGCUGCCAAAUUUUACAGAAGGAAAGGAGAACUGGACAAGGCAGUGAAGCUUCUGGAAAAGGCCCUAACAAUGACACCCAAUUCUGCCAGUUUGCAUCACCAGCUAGGACUCUGCUACAGAUCAGAGUUCUUUCAACUGAAAAAGGCUACAAAAUACCCCCCUCGAGAACAAGUGGAUAAACUCAUACAACUUUCCAUUGCUCAUUUUAAAACAGCCAUAGAAAAAAAGAUAACUUUUUUUCAUUCCUAUAUGGACCUAGCAAACAUGUAUGUAGAAGGAAAGAGAUAUGAAGAAGCAGAAGAGAUUUUUCAGAAAGCUUUUCAGAUAAAUAUUUUAGAUGAUUUUGAUAAACAACAAUUCUACUGCUGUUAUGGCAAUUUUAAACACUUUCAUUUGAGAAAAUAUUCUGAAGCCAUUGAGGAUUACAUGGAAGGGCUAAAAAUUAAAAAAUACUCUUAUUAUUUUGAUAAGUGCAAAGAAUCUCUUAAGAAAUUGUUGGAGCAGAGAAUUCGGAGAGGUUCAAGAGAUGCAACAGAUUUUGGCAGACUUGGAUUUGUUCAUAAUCUAAAUGGUGAGAAACAUGAAGCAAUCAGAUGCUAUGAACAAGCUCUUGCAUUGCAUCCUGACAAUGAAGACUAUGCAAGUGCAUUAUAUGAGCUACAACUUUCCAUCUCAAGUUAAAUCUUCAUACUUAAAGUAUGAAAUGUUAAAUCCUUCAUACUUAAAAAAGCCCAACACCAAAACAGACACUCGAAACCUUUUAGUUUUGGAGGUGAUGAUUGUUCAUCUGUUCAUUUACCAACAGAAAGCAUGCUUGGAAAGACUGAAUAAUAGCUGAGGUAUCUUAAUCUUCAAUGUGAGCACUGGUAUAAAGAUCAUGUUUAAGUGAUUAUCUGUAGAACAAUUCAAAGUUGUGAACAUAAGGAAAGACUUUUUUCACUGUGAAGGUGACAAAACACUGUAACAGGCUGCCCAGAGAGGUUGUGGAAUCUAUUUCUCUGGCGACAUUCAAAACCCACCUGAAUGCAUUACUGUGGGACCUAUUCUAGAUGAUUCUGUGCUGGUAGGCAGGUUGGACUAGAUGAUCUUUUCAACCCCUAGCAUUCUGUGAUUCUGUGAAAUUGGGUCAAACCUUCUACUGAGGAAAAUCUGAGGAAACCAUAUUAUCACAGUAUCACAGUAUUGUAGUAUUUCAUCUAUCCACUUGAAAGUCAUGCUUAUACACAAAUAGAAUUCCUAAUAAUUUUUCAGAUUUUUGUUUAAAUAAUGCUAAAAACAUCUUUUCUUGAGGACUUGUUUGCUACCUUGUAUGUUGUUUGACUUUGAAAAAUAACUGCCAUUUGUCUGUCUCACUGGAAAGCUUACAAAAUGUGUAUUAUUGUUGUGAACUAAUAAAGGGAAUUGCACCAA